GGAGUUGCAAUGCUGUGACAUGUGUUUCCCUUGAUGCAGGGGGGAACACUAUCUCUUUCUCUCUCAGUUUGCCCUGCACCAGCCUGGGCGGAAGGCAGACCCCCAAACUAUAGAGUGGGGAGACAUCUGAGCUGAAGGAGAAGCGAGGAAGGGUCUGUUUGCUGUGAACUGUGAAGCACAGUUCUCUGUCUCCAUUUCUGCAGCUUGGUUGGUAGGGCCUGUGAGAGUGAGGCAUUAAAUGGAGAAACAGUAUGGAUGUCAGGAACUGGAACACAUUGCCCUAAACACCUGAAGGGACUCACUUCAUGUUAGUGCUAAUCCUCGCAAAGUCUUCGCCUCUGCCAAUGAAGAUGUUCAUCCAGAUUGCCAACACCAGCCAAUGACUACUCUGAACCUCGAAGCUCUGUUCUGCCAAUUCACAAAGUGAUACUCAGCUAGUAUUUUAUGAAUGCUACCUUCCUCAUACAUCAAGGCCAGGUAUCGAGCCUGUAGCUUCUGGAUCAGAGGGGACGUUGUUCUUGAACCAUCUCAAAGAGAUCGAUGACCUUUAACUUUCACUUCAGCAAGUCAACAGCUGGGAGCUGGUGCAGUGUGAACCACUGCUUCUCAAAUGAGACAACUGAGUGAGCAGAGUCUUGGGUCGUCUCCUGGAAACCCCUCAGUGCUGGCCCCCACCAGUGGACAUUGUCCGCCAGUAAGGGGUGGAAGAGAGUCAACCAGCUCCAACAAUAAUCAGCCUCGCUAACUUUGAAUGGAAGACUUCCUUUGACCUCUGCUCUGACUGGCUGCUGCUACAGACCCACAAAGCCAUGACCUCGACACUUCGAACUUUGCACUUUAAACUCUUGACUCAUGGCACGGGCCAGGGUACCACCCAUAGCUGUGAUCAGGAGAUCCUACGGAAGUAUGAUAUUGUACCCUCUGUGGUCUGCGCUAUGUGCUGCCUCUUUGGGAUUAUUUAUUGUUUCUUCGGCUACCGUUGCUUCAAAGCCAUCAUGUUCCUCACCGGCCUGAUGUUCGGCUCCAUCGUCAUCUUCAUGCUGUGCUACAAGGAGAGGGUGCUGGACACGCAGCUGAGCAUGGAGGUCAGCGUGGGCAUUGGCCUGGGUAUUGGCAUCCUCUGCGGCCUGGUCACCAUGCUGGUGCGGAGCGUCGGCCUCUUUAUGGUGGGCCUGCUGCUGGGCCUGCUGGUCGCCGUGGCAACUCUGGUGGUGCUGGAGCAGUUCUACCACCCCCGCACCGUCUGGGUCCCCAUCGGCCUGCUGCUGGGUGCCGGAAUGCUCUUUGCGGUGCUGACUCUGCAGUGGCAACGCUUCUUCACCGUGCUGUCCACCUCUGUCUUCGGGAGCGCCGUCAUCACCGUGACGGUGGAUUACUUCAUUGAGCUCUUCCUGCUCGUGCAGUACAUCUACGAGAGGGUGAAAGUGGCUCCAGCGCAGCCUGUGUGCUGGUACAGCUGGGUCAUCUUAGGCGUCUGGCCAGUGCUGACGUUUCUCGGUGUCCUGGUGCAGUUCAAAGUCACAGCGGAAGGCUACUCUCACACAGAAGUGUUUAUCAGCAGGAGGCAGCGACGGGUGCAGCUAAUGAGAAUACGACAGAAGGAGAACAAGAGGAAGAGGAAGAAGCACCACAAGAAAUACCAGGAGCCCGUGUACAGGAGAAAGCCAAAUCCAGUCCGUCGCUACGAUGGUGAUGUGCUGUCUCCGAGCUACAUUCAGAACUUUCGGGAACGCCAGACAGGUGGGGGCGCCCCUUCUGGAGGCUUCGGAACGAGCACGCACACCAUGAUUGACGUGGACUACGACUGCAGCUCCAUGGUGCCUCUCACGGCCUCCACACCCGCCGUUCGAGUGUGAGGCCACACGGGGAGACGGGAGUGACGGGAGGAUUCUCGCUGUUGGGUGCCUGACGGGAAAGGGAGGGGAGUGGGGGAAGGGAGGGAGAGUGCAGUGGAAAAUGCAACUCACUGGCUCUCGCUACAAGAAUGGCAAAGCGAACCUUUUGUGAACAAAUCGAUUAUCUCUCUCUCCCUCUCUCUAACAUGACUUAAUGAAGACUGUAUUUUGUCUCUUCCAAGAUGUAAAUACACAGAGGUGUUUUUCUGAGCCUGUGUGUCCCCUCCCCUCUACUACUUUUGACUCUGAGCUGAGGGAAUUGGCAACGGGCAUCAUCACUAUGCCACAACUUUGGAACUCUCAUCUUGUUGUUGAUGGGAAGUGCUUUCAGGAGCACCGCCCGAAAAUAAAUGGCAUUGACCCUCACCGAGAGACAGAGAUGGAGAGCGAGCGGGAGCAAACUGGGAGAAAUUGUCCCCAAAGUCCCAUUGUAAUCCUUUCCUUAGUUCUGUGCCCUACAAGGGAACUGGAAACCGCUGAUGCAGUGAGAGGGAGAGGAGGGUGACUACCUCCUACAGUGAUGGGUACUUCAUUCAACCUGUGAGCUAUCACCACCUCCUCCAUCAAUGCAUCGGGAAUAAAGGACCUCAGCAGGAGAUUCCCAACAAUACUUAUCAGGCAGAUUAUUUCUAUUUUGCAUGACGCCAAGCCAUGUAUGUACGUGUGGAGUGAAAUGUACCCACACAUAUAAACUCUCGUCCGAGGACCUAUUCUUGAAUGUAAAAUAUUAAGGAGGAGAAGGUACUUGUUUGGCAUUAGAAGAGAAAGUGGAUUUUUUGAUGUUGUGUUAAGUCCCUCUGUAGAAAUACCUGAUUUUGUGUUUCUGAAGUCAGCAAGAAAGCAAUGUGUUUGUGCGUGAACCUCCCGACUAUUGAUGGUCAGUGUCUUUCGUAGCAUUGCCAACUCCUCAGCAUUACUGCCUGCAGUGACCAGAAAUUUAAAGAUUAAUUUCCAGGGCAGCCAUCUUACAAAGCAAACCCCACGGGAAAAAUAGCAAUCAUAAAACUUAAAAGACUUCUUAAAAAAUAAACUGGGUGUUUUUCCUUUUUUGUAUUUGAUUAGUUCCAAAUGUUUUGGAAAUUGGCAUUGAUGGGCGAGGCAGCAUUUAAUGGAUUAGGGACAGGCAUUGUACUCCUUUGUUGGAAAUAACUUAUUUUAGCUAACUUUUACACAGAAGCAUCUUGGAAAAAUUACAAUGAGCAAGCCCCAGGCACCUUGUGAAACUUCAGCCCCCACUAUCUGCUCAAGACCUGCUGAUAAUUUUCAGCCUCAUGUAUCAUUCAAACCAAACAGACUUAUUGACAAGAGAAGCAAUCAGGAAGAACGUGGAAUUAGAGUCAGUAUUGAUGUGGGCCUGAACUUCUUUAAUUCCAAAAGACCCAACAGUCUUCAGCUGCUUCAUCAAUGACCUUACCUCCACCAUGAGGAGUGCAGUGCAGUGGCUCAGUGAUUAGCUCUGCUAUUUCACAGCACAAAGGGCCUGGGUUCGAUUCCAGCCUCAUGCAACUGUGGAGUUUGCCCGCUCUCCAUGUGUGUGCUUGGGUUUCAUCCGGGUGCCCCGGUUUCCUCCCAUAGUCCAAGGUUGUGCGGGUUAGAGUGGAUUGGUGAGGCUAAAUUACACACAGCAUCCAGGGAUGUGCAGGUUAGGGUGGAUUGGUGAGGCUAAAUUACACACAGCAUCCAGGGAUGUGCAGGUUAGGGUGGAUUGGUGAGGCUAAAUUACACAUAGCAUUCAGGAUGUGCAGGUUAGGGUGGAUUGGUGAGGCUAAAUUACACAUAGUGUCCAGGGAUGUGCAGGUUAGGGUGGAUUGGUGAGGCUAAAUUACACACAGCAUCCAGGGAUGUGCAGGUUAGGGUGGAUUGGUGAGGCUAAAUUACACAUAGCAUUCAGGAUGUGCAGGUUAGGGUGGAUUGGCGAGGCUAAAUUACACAUAGCAUCCAGGGAUGUGCAGGUUAGGGUGGAUUGGUGAGGCUAAAUUACACACAGCAUCCAGGGAUGUGCAGGUUAGGGUGGAUUGGUGAGGCUAAAUUACACAUAGCAUUCAGGAUGUGCAGGUUAGGGUGGAUUGGCGAGGGUAAAUUACACAUAGCAUUCAGGAUGUGCAGGUUAGGGUGGAUUGGCGAGGGUAAAUUACACACAGCGUCCAGGGAUGGACAGGUUAGGGUGGAUUGGCCAUGCUAAAUUACCCAUAGUGCUCAGGGAUGUGCAGGUUAGGGUGAAUUGGCCAUGCUAAAUUACCCAUAGUGCUCAGGGAUGUGCAGGUUAGGGUGAAUUGGCCAUGCUAAAUUACCGAUAGUGCCCGGGGAUGUGCAGGUUAGGGUGAAUUGGCCAUGCUAAAUUACACAUAGCGUCCAGGGAUGUGCAGGUUAGGGUGAAUUGGCCAUGCUAAAUUACACAUAGCGUCCAGGGAUGUGCAGGUUAGGGUGGAUUGGCGAGGCUAAAUUACACAUAGUGUCCAGGGAUGUGCAGGUUAGGGUGGAUUGGCGAGGCUAAAUUACACAUAGCAUCCAGGGAUGUGCAGGCUAAGUGGGUUACCCAUGGGAAAUGCAGAGUUAGAGGGAUGGGUAAGGGGAUCAGUGUGGGCUGAAUAAACAGCUUCCAUACUGUAGGGAUACUGUAAAAUCAGAAGACAUGAUGUUUGCUGGCAACCACACAAUGGUCAGCAGCAUUCAUGACUCCUCAGAUACUGAAACAGUCUGUGUUCACAUGCAACAAGAUCUGGACCAUAUGCAGGCUUGGGCUAAUCAGUGGCAAAUAACAUUCAAGCCACAAAGUGCCUGGUAAUGACUAUCACCAAAGAGAGAGGGCCUAACCUUUUCUAUUACCCCAUUGUCCAUGCCCUGUAGUUAUCGCUAGCCAGAAACUGAACUGGUCAAGCUUUGUAAAUAUGAUGGCUGCAAAGUUGGCUCAGAGACUGAGAAUUCCACACUUCCUGUCAUCCCAAAGUCUAUUUCUAUAUGCCAGGCACAGGUCCAUCUCUACAAGGCCCUUACAACAAAUUAGGAAGCUAAAAACCUUAUAUCAGUGAUAAUGGGAACUGCAGAUGCUGGAGAAUCCAAGAUAAUAAAAUGUGAGAGCUCUCUGAUGAAGGGUCUAGGCCAGAAACGUCAGCUUUUCUGCUCCUGAAAUGUUGCUGGGCCUGCUGUGUUCAUUCAGCCUCACAUUUUAUUAGCUAAAAACCUUUCUGGCCAAACAAGCCCAUUUGGUUAGCGUGCCAUCACGGUAGCACGGUACCGUGAGCAGCACGGUAGCUCAGUGGUUAGCACUACAGCCUCACAGUGCCAGGGACCCAGGUUCGAUUCCCGCCUCGGGUGACUGUUUGUGUGGAGUUUGCACAUUCUCCCUAUGUCUGCGUGGGUUUCCUCCAGGCGCUCCGGUUUCCUCCCACAGUCUGAACACGUGCAGGCUAGGUGGAUUGGCCAUGCUAAAUUGCCCGUAGUGUUCAGGGGUGUGUGGGUUAUAGGGGAAUGGGUCUGGAUGGGAUGCUUCAAGGGGUAGUGUGGACUUGUUGGGCCGAAGGGCCUGUUUGCACACUGUAGGGAAACUAAUCUAAAAAAAAUCCACUCCCUCCACCACUGGAGUUUAGUAACAGUAUAUCAUGGUCCGGUCUGCCCUCUCCAACAGAUGUAACUGACUGUAAAACCACGCUGUUGCAGAGCGAUCCCUGGUCCCUUGCUCAAGAAAAUCUUGCCCCUGGCCAACAUUAUAAAAAAGUAGUAAAAACAGAAAUCUCUGGUGAAGCUCAGCACCUGUGAAGAGAGAGAUCACAGGGUUGUUAUAUUCCAGGAUUUACAAGAAUGAUCCAAAAACAAAGGAGGAUAAUGCUGUCAGAAAGGAUUGGGAGAAAUGGGUCUCUUUGCUCUCAAAAAGAGGCAGCUGAUGGAGAUCUGAUGGAGUUCUUUAGUAUUGUGAAGGGUUUGAGAGUCUGGACAGAUGGAAGUCCAGAAUUAUUACAUUGACUGAUGAAUCAUACAGGAGAUUUGGGAGGAAUCUUUUCACCCAGAUACCACAGGGAAAGUGAAACUCUCUCCCACUGGGACUGUUAGAAGCGAAAAGUCAAGAUGGACUUAAGGGGAAUUUGGGGAAGCCGAUGCGGGCAUAAGGAACAAAAGGUAAAGCUGAUACCAUGAGAUGAAGUGCGUGUGGGACGAUCCUAAACACCAACAUGGAAAAAUUAGACUAAAUGGUGAGCUGCUAGUCUGUAAAAUUGUUUGCUGUACUUCUUUGCACAGAAGUUAUUAAACAUUUGGGGAAAUGGUAUAACAAGGGAUGACAAUGUACAUAAAUGUCUUGCAACAGGAUGGGAGUCAUCUCCCCUCUUUCUAACCACUCUUUCAUCUGAUUGCAACAAAUACUUUUAUUUCUUUUAAGCCCAGAUAUCACGCUUCAAAUAAAAUGUAGCCCACUAGAAAUGGAGGAGCUAAUUGCCAAGGUUUACUCAAGUGAAAGAAGGUGAUAUUUUAUGGCCGACUCAAGACAAAGAUUUGAUUUGUCUAAGGCAACAUCGAACAUAUAAACAUAUUACCUAUGUUUGUGUGUAAGAGGUUGGAUAAAUGUCUAGUACAGACAGAAGGAUAACAGUAAGUAUGGCUCAGAAUUCAUAGAACCCUCAAGGUUUGAGAAUGAAUUCUGAGUGUGUGACAAUUUAGCUGCUCUCUCCGCAGCAUUUGACAUUUGUAGAAUUCUAAAGUUCCUCGCCAAUGGCUGAUUUCCCUAGUUGCCUUUUCACUGGGCAUUGACUUCAGUGGUUGAGAGAGGCAAAAGUGAGAGAGACCGAGAAAGAUUAAUUCUUCCAGAUUCUGUUGUUAUAAAUCUGUGUUCUUCUCCUUUGCUCGGCUAAGUAAGCUACUGAAAUAUGGUUUGUUUGUAUAUUUCUGAGUCUAGCUCCAUUGGCUUUCCAAGCUGGAAUACUCCACAGGCAACAUUUGCUCUCCCAAUGUGUGAACUUACGCAAGUGUGAAUUAAAAAGGUUAUGAACUUCUUGA